CAAUCGUCAGGAUUUAUUAGCCUCAGCAAUGGCUAUCAAUAAAUUGGCAAACUUUCGCACUUUGGAGCCCAUACUCACCUUUUUGGGCUUGUGGCAAGGAGGAGAUAGUACCUGGUUUAAGCGACAUUAUCGAUAUUACCAGUUAUUCAUGCAUACUAUGAUUACAUUCACCUUUGGAUCCCUCAUGGUCUUAGAAGUCAUUUACAGUGAAAGUUUGGACUACGCCAUAGAUGUGCUAAAGUACAUGCUCGUUGAAAUGGCCAUUAUUUGCAAAGUACUCAAUGCCUGGUACUAUGCACAACAGACAGCCGAAUUAGUGGAUGAAUUGGAGAACAGUGAAAUAUUAGCAUUACGCACGAGCGCCGAAGAGCAGAUGUGGCAAAAAUCACAAAAAAAUUUCCACAAACUGACGAUGAUCUAUAUGGGUACGGGAUUAAACUCGGCAUUCUGUGCUCUACUUGCGGCGGCAUUAAUGGGCGCCAAAGAACUGCCGUAUGCCUUGUGGUUGCCUUAUGAUUGGCGCGAUACUUAUUUUUGGGGCAUUUACUGUUAUGAGUGUAUUGCGAUGCCGUUCACUUGUUCGUGCAACAUUACGAUCGACUUAUUUCAAGCAUAUUUGCUUUUGCAUUUAACACUUUGUUUCCGGGUAAUCAGCAUGCGCUUGGAGCGGUUGGAAAAUGCCGGUACGGAAGACGCGAUCACCACAGAAUUGCUCAAUAACAUUAAAAUGCAUCAGCGUGUGAAAGAAUUGGCUUUAAAGUGUGAGGAGGUCAUAUCACUAGGCUUGUUAUCACAGAUAAUGCUCACUUUCCUAAUCCUUUGUUUUAUAAUCUACAAUAUGCAAAAUGCACACUUCAGCGAAAAUCCCGCUCACUUUUUAGCCAUGUUACAAUACGCACUAAUUAUAUCUAUGGAAAUGUUUCUACCCUGUUACUAUGGCAAUGAACUGACUGUGGAAUCUGAGAAGCUGGGCAUUCACCUCUACAGCUGCGAUUGGACUGCCAUGUCUGCGGUCAAUCGACGUCUAAUUUACGUGUAUAUGGAGUCUUUGAAGAAGCCAGUGGUGUUAUGUGCUGGCAGAUUUUUCGAAAUCGGCAUACCAAUCUUUUCUAAGGCAAGUUCUCAAAAACCUUCAAAAUGUAAUUAUAGCAUUAAUUUUUAAUAUCUGUACCCUUUCAGGCCAUGAAUAAUGCCUACAGUGUAUUGGCCCUUUUGCUGAAUGUCAACGAUGAUGAACAACAAUAGUGAGUUCAAAUGGAGUUUUAAAAGUACAACAAUUUAAGCCAAUUGACAUGUUAUUGAUAAUUUAAUAAGUAAUUGAGGACGGCAUUAAGUUUUUUCUACAUGCAAUAUUAUCAUGUAAGGAAAAGCUAAGUUCGAGUGUAACCGAACAUUUUUAUAGUCUCUAACGAUCAAAGCCGGAAAACACGUUCAGGUGUUGGAAAACUUUUCUCUUAAAAACUGUUGUGGAAAAGCUCAUAUUGUAUUCAACAGAUGCCUAAAAGACUCGUGGACUUACUAGCUUCAUUACCACAUUUUGCGUCGUAUCCGAGAUAUUUAUAAUUUAAUAAAACUAAUUAGCUUAAAUGCAUGAUA